CCACCAAUCCAUCAUGAAGUAUUUUGCAUUGACAAUUUUCGUGUGCCUGCUGAUAGUAGCCUUGGUAUCGGCUGUGCCUGUGGAUGAGUCGCUGCAGGGCGACUUUUAUGGCGAGGACGAUACGCACAAUCCUCAUGAUCCUCAGGCCAUUUUCAAGUUGAAGAAACUGAAGAAGCUGCUCAAGUUGGGAUAAGCUAUGCACUCGUAGAUACCCCAAAUCACAAAUGUUGACUCUAGUCCAUGUACAAAAAUAAUUCAUUCACAAGAAUUCACAAAUUAGGAACGUCACCUCUGAACAAUGCUUGGGAAAGCCACGGCACACCGCUUGGAAUUUUCUGCUCAAUACUUGUUAACCCCUUCGCUUAGAUACAUCUACUUAUGUGUAAAUUGAUUGGCAUCUACAUCUUAAUGUACUCGUAUACCUGUAUACUACUCUA